AUGUGGACUGCCGCCAUCGCCAUCCUCGCUGCUGCGCAGCUUGCCCUCGCAGCUCCGGUCAAUGAUGGCAGGAUAAAACUAGUCGAGCAUGAGCCUAGUUAUGUUAGUUCUCCUAGAGGCCGAGGAACCAUGGAUUUGAUGUUCACCUGCGUCAUCACACUCUCUUUAUGUGUUUGGACCGCAGUUCACCCAAACAUAAUAGCGAGGUCCACGUACAUGGACCGUCUGCGGUACAAAGCCCUCUAUGUAGUCCUAGGACUAUUUUCGCCAGAAAUUGUCUUGUCGGAGGCGUUCAACGAAUGGAGGACGGCACGAAAUCUCCGGGCCUGGCUGCACCGAGAGGCAGCGCAAAAGAUCUUGGAUAACGCCGUGGAAAAGGCCAACCAACUGUUGGAGCGGGAUUCCGUGCUUGUUCAUGGCCGGCGCCCCUCUCCCAGCGACAGUGACGCCAGAGUAAAGGCUCUCUCGGCUCUGCGGGACGCGAUUACGAAGGUAGAGGCUGGCGAGAGUAUAACUCCCGACAAACGCUGGCUACGCUGGCUACGCUGGUUACCCCGGCUAGGCUGGUUACGCUGGCCAAGUUGGUUACACCGGCCAGGCUGGUUACGCUGGCCAAGUUGGUUACACCGGCCACACUGGUUACGCUGGCUACACUGGCCUCACUGGCCACGCCUUUUGGCAACCAGAACACGUCGUGUGGCAAUUGAAAUUCGGAACAAGGUAGAAGAUGCGAUGGGGGACAUUGAGGAGCUCAAGGACGCCGACUACCCUGAGGAGUCUGCCAACAUGUCUAGGUCUAAGGAUGAACAAGCGAACAGUGGUAGGAGCCCCGCGCCUUUUACUCGGGAAACAAAACAAGAAGGGAACGAUCGUGUAAAACGCAUACUUAAGCAGCUCACCGCCCUUGAUAAAGCGACCAAGAACUAUCUUUCGGCUCAGAGAAUCUCGGAGGCGAGGGAGGCGUCAUGGCUUCAUGGGCUGGGGCGUUGGUUUAUAGAGUUCUUGCCGUUCACGAGCCCGUCUGAGGAAGAAACGCCAACAUUCACUAUGGAGAUAGCUUUUUUUAUUGUGAUGGGAGGCUUGACGUUUUCGCCCAUCGACCAUCUCAAAUACCGUGCCUACGAGCGUACGUUAUCCGCUUAUGGGCUUAUGGCCCUUGUAAGAAAUGGGGUGGUGGAUCCUAUACGUCUGCUAGAACUUAAGGUCGACAUUCAAGACAAGGGGAAGUCGGACAUUCUUGCUAAGGUGCUGGUAUGCGCGCAGGCCUCGUGGAUGAUGACCAAUUGUCUGUUGAGAAAGGCUGCUGGACUUCCGAUAACGGUCAUCGAGCUGAAUGUGAUUGUACACGUUAUGAGUAUGAUUGCCAUCUAUGCAUGCUGGUGGAAGAAGCCUCACGAUGCUGGGAUGCCAAUACCACUUAAUAUCUUUCUCGAGGACCAGGCUGUUUGUUCUCUUUUAUUCAUACAGCAGAGCAAGGAUCCUAAAGAGGUUCUUGGAAAACCAGAAACAUCCACUUCUAGUGCUCAUACGACCUCUGCCGAGGGUGUAUCCGGUGAUGACGCACCUAAGGUCGAGUCAUCAAUAGCCCCAGAGGUUGAGCGGGGAAAACAUAGGCGGGUGAAAAAAGGAAAAAAGGAAAUUGAGCGCACCAGUGACGAGUACGGUCAUAUCCGCGCAGAUGCUAGGAGAGCAUUGGGUCUAAAAUGCUGCGCGAAAAUCUGGGAAAUUAAAGAUAUCACGACAUUACCAGGAAGGUUCAAGUUUAGAUCCUUGGUGGUGGUUUUGAUACCGCUUUGCCUUAUAUAUGGAGGUAUUCAUGCCAGUCUAUGGAACGCAUACUUUCCUACUACCAUCGAACGAUGGCUAUGGCGUGCCUCUGCCUGUAUCGUUGCGGUCCCAGGCCUGGGAAGCGCCGCGAUAUGGGGAGUAAAAAUCAUCAUAACCCGCGAUCUCGGCAAAUACAAGGGUGCCCAGAUUGGGAACCCGCUUGAUAUCCUAUAUAGCAUGAUAACGGUGAUCGCGGUUGUGGUCUUCCUGCCUGCUUUAUCUAUCCCCAUUGCGGCCGCGCCUCUCGGGGCAAUGGGCGGUGUUAUCUACGGCGGCAUUCUGGGUCACCGAAAAAUAAUGAAACUCGCCCUUAGGUUGCGAAUUUUGUGUUAUGUUGAGUUCCUCGGUGCGAUCGCUCUUGGGGUCUUUAUCUCGGGAGCUGGCUUCGUCUUAGCGGUCGGAGGCUGCGUUCAGAUGUGGGAGAAGAUUUUUGAGAGGUUCAAUAAGCAGUUCCGUGAGGUGACCAAGGUCCCAUUGGCAGUAGCGCUGCUUGUGGCAGCGCUUUUUGUGAUCGUUUAUUGCGGGGCAAGAGCGUUUAUUCUCGUGGAGACAUUUAUUUGCUUGAGAAGUCUGCCGGUGGGAGCGUAUAAGACAGUACGAUGGGACGAGUUUUGGCCGCAUCUGUGA